AUGGCCUCCUCUCCUCCCCCUCACGGCAUGAUGGACGCCAACCGCGAUCAAGGCGCACCCUCGUCGUCUCGCUUCUGCGGUGCCCGCGAUCUUCUCAACAAGGUCGACGGCUACAUCAGUUCCUCUCUUCUGGGCUACUUCUUUCGUCUCUCUGGAAGCGGUCACCCCGACGAGAUCGCUGGGUCUACCUUUUUUCGAGAGAUUCGCGCUGGUUUGACUACUUUUGCGACCAUGGCAUACAUCAUUGCCGUCAACGCUGCGCUUCUUUCUCAGACUGGCGGUACUUGCGUCUGCGACUUGACCGACAGACAGGCCUGUGACAAGAUUGACGAAUACGUCGCCUGCAAGGAAGAUGUUCGACGAGACCUUGUCACCGCUACCGCCGCCGUCGCUGGAAUGGCAAGCUUCAUGUUUGGCCUCCUCACAAGCCUCCCCGUCGCCAUCGCCCCCGGAAUGGGUCUCAACGCCUACUUCACCUUCCAAGUUGUGGGCUACAAUGCCAGCGGCCCCAUCCCCUACCGUCUCGCCCUCACCGCCGUCUUUGUCGAAGGUCUCAUCUUUGUCUUCCUCGCCCUCACAGGCAUGCGACAGUGGCUCGUCAAGCUUAUACCCGCCACUAUCAAGACUGCUACCGGUGUCGGUAUCGGCUUCUUCCUCACGGAGAUUGGUCUCUCGUACUCGGCGGGUAUUGGUGCCAUCACUGGUGGCUGGACAGCUACGCCGUUGGUUCUGGGUGGUUGUCCUGUCGAGAUGAUUGAUGAGGUGACGGGCAUGUGUGCUGGGGGUCAAAUGUCCAGCCCCAAGCUCUGGGUCGCCGUCUUCUGCGGUGGCAUCGUCACCGCGUUUCUCAUGGCCUUCCGCAUCAAGUAUGCCCUCAUCAUGGGCAUCGCCCUCGUCUCCAUGCUCUCGUGGCCCCGCAACACCCCCAUCACCUACUUCCCUCACUCCCCCGAGGGCGACUCCCGCUUUGACUUUUUCAAGCAAAUCGUCGUGUUCCACCCCAUGGAAAAGACAUUCAACAAGCUCGACUGGGCCUUUGAAGCUCCGGCCUCGCAGUUCGCUCUCGCUCUGUUCACAUUCCUCUACGUUGACAUCAUCGAUGCCACUGCGACUCUCUACUCUAUGGUCCGUUUCUGCGGCGUCGUGAGGGACAGUGACGGAGACUUUCCUCGUUCCACCAUCGCCUACUGCACUGAUGCUGCCUUUAUCUCUAUCAGUGCCUUGUUUGGGAGUUCCCCUGUCACGGCCUUCAUUGAGAGUGGUGCCGGGAUCGCAGAGGGCGGGAGAACAGGACUGACUGCCAUGGUCACUGGGCUUUGCUUCAUCGUCUCGGUGUUCCUAGCCCCCAUCUUUGCGUCUGUUCCCCCAUGGGCCACUGGCUGUACCCUCAUCUUGGUCGGCUGCAUGAUGAUCCGCCAAAUCACCCAGAUCAACUGGCGAUACAUCGGCGACGUCCUCCCCUCGUUUGUUGUCAUGACCUUUAUCCCAUUCAGCUACAGCGUCGCUUACGGUCUCAUCGCCGGUGUCUUUGUCUAUACCGUCCUCAACGGUCUCAUUGCCAUCGUCGUCUUCCUCUCCCGCGGCCAGCUCGAGCCCCGCGAGUACGAUCUCAAGGAGUACUGGACCUGGAAGGGAUCCGGCCGCGCCCCCUGGUUCGUCCGCGCCAUCCGCCGUCGUGUCAGCGAUGAUGACAGCGACGACGACGAUGACGGCCGUCAAAGCCGAUCCGACGUUGCCAUGGACUACAUCGACCGUCCUGGUCACAGCAGCUCUGAGACCGCCGUCUCCUCUGGCAAGGGAGAUACCGUCACCAAGGCUGGACGUCCCGCUUCUCCUCCUGGCCACUGGGUGAACUAG